CGCACACUGAAAUCUCUCAUUCAUUUCGCCCUCAAAUGCGACCGGUUGCAGAGACAGAAAAAAAAGGGGCUCGGAUUUAAUUAGCUGGGUUUUCUCAGCCUUCUGCUCAGUGAUCGCUCAUUUGCGCGGGUAUUAAUCUUUCUUUUUUUAUCUAACUGUGUCUCUCUCUCUCGUGCUCUCUUUCUCUUUCUUUCUCUGGAGGCUUUGGGGAUGAUUAUGCACCCAUGGGAGACAGACACCACUGCCGAAACGAGCAUAUCUGCGCUUCUGUGGAGUUGUUGUGGGCAGGAAGAAUGUCACCCACUUCUGCCGGUUCACAAUUUUCAUUUUAGGCGCUGCUUUUGAGAUAAUCCCUGCCCCUUUCCCCGAUACAUUGGCUUGAAUUUCGGUCCUAAAGGUGUUUCAGAUUUUAUUUGCAAAGGGUGCCUUUCUUUUCAAACAGUCAGCUAAUAUUUGGAGAGUGAUCACUGAUGCUUUCCGUCUAAUGGAUGGGGGGAACUGAAUUACUGUAAGGGGCUUCACUAUUCAACAAGCUGCGCUGCUUGCUCCUCCUGGCUGCUCAGCGAUGGUCGCAGUUUGCCUGAGCCUUCCACUUCUCUUUUCUUCGGCCCAGCUUGUUGAAUCUCCACCUUGGUGACUAAAAAUGGAGAUUUUCUAACAAACUUCAAAAUUCCACAUCCGUCUCCAUCCUUCCUACAAAAGUUUAGCAUGGCGCGUUCUGGUGUCUGUGUAUGGAGGCUAUUUUGGCUCCUGAGCGCCGCGGUGGAUUUUGCGUUUCUUCAGGAGACCUACGCGCCACACUCGAUAAGGACACAGGGGCACUUGACCCUCGGCGGGCUAUUCCCGGUGCACUCGAGGGGCCCCGACGGCGCGCCGUGUGGGGACCUGAAAAAGGAGAACGGGAUCCAGCGCCUGGAAGCCAUGAUGUACGCUUUGGACCAAAUCAACCAGGACGAGCAACUCUUGCCCAACAUCACUCUAGGCGCAAGAGUGCUGGACACUUGCUCGAGGGAUACGUACGCUCUGGAGCAGUCCUUAACUUUUGUGCAAGCCCUUAUCACGAAGGACACCUCAGACGUGAGGUGCACGAACGGUGAGCCACCGGUGUUUGUCAAGCCUGAGAAAGUGGUGGGAGUGAUCGGAGCCUCGGCGAGCUCUGUGUCGAUUAUGGUUGCCAACAUCCUACGCCUCUUUCAGAUCCCUCAGAUCAGCUACGCGUCAACAGCCCCGGAGCUAAGCGACGACAGGCGCUAUGACUUCUUCUCACGGGUUGUCCCUCCAGACUCAUUCCAGGCCCAGGCCAUGGUUGACAUCAUUCAAGCCUUAAACUGGACCUAUGUCUCUACUGUCGCCUCAGAAGGCAGCUAUGGAGAGAAGGGAGUGGAGGCUUUCACCCAGCUCUCCAAGGAAGCAGGUGGAAUCUGCAUAGCCCAAUCUUUGAAAAUUCCCCACAACCCAAAGACGGAGGAUUACGACAAAACCAUCCAACAGUUGCUGGAAACGCGCAAUGCACGGGCAAUCAUCAUCUUCGCCAGUGAAGAAGACAUACGAGGAGUUCUCAACGCCACUAAGAGGGCCAACGAGGUGGGCCAUUUCGUGUGGAUUGGCUCUGACAGCUGGGGGUCCAAGGGCAGCCCUAUCCAUCAGCUAGAAGAUAUAGCAGUGGGAGCAGUCACAAUACUGCCCAAACGCUCCUCCAUUGAAGGAUUUGAUGAAUACUUUAUGGGUCUCACCCUGGAGAACAAUCGCAGGAACGUGUGGUUUGCAGAGUUUUGGGAGGAAAACUUUGACUGCCGACUGCUCAGUGGUUCAAAGAGAGAGGACAGCAGCCGCAAAUGCACAGGCCAGGAGAGGAUUGGGAUCGACUCCAAGUAUGAGCAGGAAGGGAAGGUGCAGUUUGUGAUUGACGCUGUGUAUGCCAUGGCCCACGCUCUGCACAACAUGCACAAGGAUUUAUGUCCCAAUCAUCCUGGCGUUUGUCCACAAAUGGAGUCCACAGAUGGGAAGACUCUGCUCAAGUACAUACGCAAUGCCAGCUUCAAUGGUAGCGCCAGCACAUCUGUUGUAUUUAACAAGAAUGGCGAUGCUCCAGGGCGCUAUGACCUGUUCCAGUUCCAGUUGACCAACUCCUCUGGCCCAGAGUACAAGGUGGUGGGACAGUGGGCGGACACCCUUCAGCUCAGGCUGGAAGAGCUUCAGUGGCCAGAUGGGGAGCAGGAGGUGCCCAUCUCUGUGUGCAGUCUGCCUUGCAAAACUGGUGAGAGAAAGAAGAAAGUGAAGGGCAUGCCAUGCUGCUGGAUCUGUGAGCUAUGUGACGGCUACCAAUACCAGUAUGAUGAGACUUCCUGUAGAUUAUGUGCGUACAACAUGAGGCCCAAUUCCAACAGAACGGCAUGCCAGCACAUCCCCAUCAUAAAGCUGGAGUGGCACUCUCCUUGGGCAGUAAUCCCCGUCUUUCUUGCCAUGCUCGGUAUCAUUGCCACCAUCUUUGUAAUGGCAACAUUUGUGCGUUACAAUGACACCCCUAUAGUGCGGGCAUCUGGCAGAGAACUGAGCUACGUGCUGCUAACUGGCAUCUUUCUCUGUUACAUCAUCACCUUCCUCAUGAUCGCCAAGCCUGACAUAGCCGUAUGCGCCUUCAGGAGGAUCUUUCUGGGCCUCGGCAUGUGCAUCAGCUACGCUGCCCUACUCACCAAGACGAACCGGAUCUAUCGGAUCUUUGAGCAGGGCAAGCAGACGGUCACAGCCCCUCGCUUCAUUAGCCCCACCUCACAGAUUGCCAUCACCUCCAGCCUCAUCUCUGUCCAGCUUCUAGGGGUGCUUGUGUGGUUUGCCAUUGACCCACCAAACACAAUUGUUGACUACGACGAGCAAAAAACGAUAAACCCCAUGCUGGCUCGAGGAGUUCUGAAGUGCGACAUCACAGACCUGCAAAUUAUCUGCUCAUUGGGUUAUAGCAUCCUGCUGAUGGUGACCUGCACCAUCUAUGCUAUCAAGACAAGAGAUGUACCAGAGGACUUCAAUGAAGCCAAACCUAUUGGAUUCACUAUGUACACUACUUGCAUAGUAUGGCUGGCCUUCAUCCCAAUUUUCUUUGGCACAGCCCAGUCAGCUGAGAAGCUGUACAUUCAGACAACCACCCUGACUGUCUCCAUGAACCUCAGUGCCUCAGUUGCGCUGGGCAUGCUCUACAUGCCCAAGGUGUACAUCAUUAUCUUCCACCCUGAGCUGAACGUGCAGAAGAGGAAGCGUAGCUUCAAGGCUGUGGUCACCGCUGCUACAAUGUCAUCCCGUCUGUCCCAGAAACCCAGUGAGCGGCCCAACGGCGAGGCCAAGACCGAGCUGUGUGAGAACCCCGCUGCUGACCCCAUGAGUCAAGCAACUAAGAAAACAUACGUGAGUUACAACAACCUCAGGAUCUGAUUAGAAACAAGCACUUUGUUUUUUGAUGGUGAUCUGAAAGAAAGCAACGGAAGCUGUAGGAACGGAGAAAAAAAGACAGAGCGCAGGCAUCCUAGCACCACCUGCAGAACCUAUGCACUCCAGGACUGUGAAAAGCAUCCAACCUACAUUCAGACAUGAUGCAUGAGUCCUAACAGAUAAGAAAAGAGCUUUGGGCCUGUGUGACUGGGACGACCCCUCAGAACCAACCACAGGUUAUAAACUUGUGACGAGGCGCUCCUCUCUUUGUCUGACAGGGGACAAGUUGCCUGCUGAAAAAAGGGGUCAUUAUGAAUGAGGAAAAAACACAAAAAUACAGACAUUGGAUCUGCUUCAAAAUCUUUCUUUUGAAAUGUCAUUAAAGCCAUAUUCUCUUGGGGUGUCCAUUAUCUGAUUUCUGUUUUGUAUUGUUUAAGUGAUUUUCUUCGGUGCCUCUUUUCUCUUGUUGAUUUGAUUACCUUGAACAGCAAGCUCUGCCACACACAGCAUUUUGUUUCAACAAGUUCAACUCAACCUAGUCUGAGAUGUUUUUUAAUCGAGUAAUGGGCAUUGUGAGUAUAUUUUUUUUGUAAAUAUUUGAGAGUAUUUUCAUGUUUGAAGAACACAGAAAUAGAUAUCCAGUCUUUGUUCAGUUGGAUUUGGAUGGUAACUUAAAGCACCACAAAGUGUCCACUUUGCAUGUGCCAAUGUAUGUCUGUUCUAUUUGAUGUGAACUAAAUAAAAAUAAAAAAAAUCAUAAGACAAAUAAAUACAGAAAAUGAUGAUGAGCUUCUGCAUCCUUCUGCAGUUUUAAUUUUCUUUUUUAUCUUUAUCAGAUGUGAAUUUCGUUAGAACAUGGAAUAUGGCUUUAAAGUGUAACUGAAAGCAUGUUUGUUUUACAUAGUUUUGUACUGGGUUUAUUUUUGCCUAAUUAAAGUGUGGGAAACAUUCACAUUGGAGCAAUCAUGCAAGUAUGUUGUGAUGUUUGUCAAAUGAUCAACAUAAUAAAACAAUUUUUGUUAUUGUUUA